GGAUAAACUGCAGGGAUAAAGCUUCUCUCUGACCAGCUUCUCUGAGCUAAGACUGGAGAAUAACCAGAAAGGGAAGAGGAGAGACAGCGUGUAGAGUUCCAUCACUUCCCAAAAAGAUAAAAAGCAGGCAUCAAGUCCUCCAGGUGACUGAAAAACUACUUCUAAUCCUGAAGGCAGCAUGGAUACACAGUUUGUCUAUGACCUUUUAGGGGAAAAUGCUUGGUUGUAUAUCUUGGCUACUUUCAUUGUGUUGUGGAUUGUCGUGUGGCUCUACAGAGACAGCGUUGAGAUCGAGGAUUUCGCGAAUAAGUAUGUCUUUGUGACUGGCAGUGACACGGGGUUUGGAAACCUGCUUUGUAAGAAACUGGAUCGUAAAGGUUUCCGUGUGCUAGCUGGCUGUCUCACAGAAAAGGGAGCUGAUGAUCUGAAGAGAGUGGCAGGGCCUUAUCUGAAGACUGUCCUGCUGGAUGUGACCAGUCAGGGUAGCAUUGAAAAAGCAAUGGAAUGGACCAAGAAAGAGGUUGGCGACAAGGGGCUUUGGGGCCUCGUGAACAAUGCUGGACGCUCUUUACCCAUGGGACCUUCAGAGUGGAUGAAAGUCGAAGAUUUCCACAGCACACUGAAAGUAAACAUGAAUGGAGUGAUUGCCAUGACAAUGACUUUCCUCCCCCUCAUCAAACAGGCUCGUGGCCGUGUUGUAAAUGUUGCAUCAGUGCUUGGUAGGGUGGCAGCAAAUGGUGGUGGAUACUGCAUCUCCAAGUUUGCAGUAGAAUCUUUCUCUGACUGUCUCAGGAGAGACAUCCACUACUUUGGAAUUAAGGUGUGUAUAAUUGAGCCUGGGUUUUUCAAGACGGCGGUAACGAGCCUUGAACCCCUUGAGAGGGAACUGCAUCGCCUGUGGAACCAGCUCAGCCCUGAAGUAAAGGCCAGCUAUGGAGACAAGUACCUUGAUAAAUAUAUCAAGAUCCAGCGUUUGAUUAUGAAUGCUAUAUGCGACUCUGACCUCAACAAGGUGACCAACUGCAUGGAGCACGCUCUCACGGCUGCCCACCCUCGCACCCGAUACAGUGCUGGAUGGGAUGCCAAGCUGAUCUGGAUCCCCCUUUCUUACAUGCCUUCCUUUGUAGUUGAUAUUGCACUGAAGCUGGUGCUUCCACGUCCCUCAAAGAGUGUCUGACUUGGGAUGACUUUUAAAAAAUGUCUUCAGAGUUAUCAGAAUUUUUGUUGCUUUAAGUCAUUAUGAUGCAGUAAGGAGCCUGACAUUAUUAUUAUUUUUCUUUUAAAACUGAUUCAUAUGCCUUAUCAGUGUUGGCCAUGAUGUGAUAUUAUGAUAACGCUGGCCAUUACUGCUAUUAUAUUUAUACAUGCAUUUUCUCUAUAAUGUCUGCUUGACAUUUCUAGACAACAACAACAAAAUAUCCAUACAGUUUGCUGUAUACAUAUAAUUCUGUUUGUUAACACUAUGCUGGGUGUUUUAACACUGUUAUUUAUGAUGCUGGGUAUGUAUGUUGUUCACCAUGAAAGCCUAAAUAAAGAUUAUUAUAAUAUUAAGAAACUGUGGGCAUACUGUGUGC